AUGUUUUUCAUUGAUACACUUGUUAAAGGAAAAAUCCCAGUAAAAGCAUUAAUCGAUACAACAUCUAAAUCUAAUACUAUUAGCAGGUGCUUGUAUAAUAAGCUUGAAGAGGAUUAUGGGUUAAAAG